AUGCAGACACUCACCAACUUACAAGCCAAUUUCAUCCCGGCCUCGGAUAUUAUUGGUGCGCUGCAAAAUAUUGCAAGUAUCAAGUCGUACCAAGAGUCACGGUUAGUUGUGCCAUUAGGAGUAAUAAGCAGUUACCAGUUGCUUCAGCUUGAUCAUUCACAAGCACUCACCUCGAAACCCCAUACUCCCGGAAAAGCCUAUUUCCCUAACACCAACCACCCUGACCUCAAAGGCGAGAGUAUCAGUGCUAUCGUCAACGAAUGCAAGCAGCAGCUGGAUGUAGUGUUGCACGAUGCCUCAGCUCUGGAAACGGUCAUGGUCGGCAUCCAAAAUCUUCAUCAGUCACUCGUCGAACAGCAGGACAAGAUCAUCCAGUCCAGGCAUUUGCACAAGGGAUUCGUAUCGGCUCUUUGGCGUUUGCCAACUGAAACCCUAUCCUAUAUUUUUCACUAA